CUGGAUUGAUCUGUCUGGAGGAGCGUGGGGCAGCAGCAGAAAACAUGGAUGUUAGCUCCAGAGUACAGGCCUUGCUCUGCCUGCUCUGUGUGACUGAACUGGGGACACAUGCCCAACGAGAAUGCUUCCCCGGGGCCCACCGCAUCCUGCGUAAUCCGUACCGCAGCACAGACUUUGACUCCAGCGAACUCCAAAACACCGCCAUCCAAGAACUCAUCUGUGACCACAACCUAACCCCCGGCUGGUACCGCUUCACCCUCAACAACAAGCCCGCCGAGAUGCCCACCAGCUGUGUGGAGAUGAAUCACUGCGGAACCCAGGCUCCGGUGUGGCUCUCCCUCCAGGGCUCUCCUCUGCCUGAGCCAGGGGAGCUCCGGCAGCUGUCAGCCUGUGCCACCUGGCAGUUCUUCCACGGCAGCACCAAGGACUGCUGCCUCUUCAGAAUCCCCAUCUCUGUGAGAAACUGUGGGCAGUUUAUGGUCUACUACCUACAGCCAACUCAGGGCUGCAUGGGCUACUGCGCUAAGGCUGCUCCUGAUGUUGCCCCCAGACGCUGCGGCCCAAGGGAGGUGGAGGCCAAUGGCAGAUGCACAGCUGCUGUCCCUGCUCUGCUGACCCGACCCCUCAUCACCUCUGAGCUCCUGGGGCAGAGCGUGCACCUCCGCUGUUCAUUUUCUCCCCCACCGUGGAGAGCUCCGCUGGGCUUCCAGGUGCUGUGGGCCCGACACAUCAGCCACAGCAUGAAGGCAGAGGUCAGACAGGAAGCCACGAUGCGUCCGUAUUCUUUGGUGGAGAUGGAUGGGGUUCACUUCAGGCUCGGGGAAACGUUCUCUUGCAGUGUGUCAGUGUAUGAAGCUAACUCCAGCCAGACUCGCUCUGCUGCGAGGGAGAGUGAGGCCUUCUUUGCUGGACUGCAGUUCUCUCCAGGCUCUCUGACCAUCUCUGAGGACAGCCAGGAGCACAGAGUCAGCCUGUCCAGCACUGUACCUUUGCCCUGCCCAGACCGAAGCACACAGUGUGGGCUUCCUCUAUCCCUGAGUGUCCACCAGCCUGACUCGGGGCAGCUGCCUAACAUCGCCCUGUCCACGUGCCAGGUGGAGCUGAGGGCGAGCAGGUGUAACGGCAGCACUGCAUGUGGGCUGGCGGUCUUCACUGUCACCGCAGUAACAGACUUUGCACGUGACCACAACCGUGCCAGCCUCAUCAGUGCCCACUUUGGACCCACCUCACCCAGGUUGUGGAGGAACUACGUGCCCACAUCUCUCAAGGUCAUGGUACAGGACAUCCCCACAUCCAUGUGCUACUCGCUGACCGACCCACACAUCAUCACGCUGGAUGGCAGGCGUUACGAGCUGCAGCAGACAGGCACAUUUGUCCUGUAUCGAAGCAGAGUGAGGGACUUCGAGGUGCACUCUCGCCUGUGGGACUGUGGCAGCAGGAAGCAUGCUGUGUCCUGCAGCUGUGGGGUGGCUGUGCGAGAGGGCGCUGAGCUGGUCAUACUGGACAUGUGUAAUGGGCAGAGGCAGGAGACACGGCCCCGACUCACCAUCAGGCCUUCAGGAACCCUCUCAGGGCAGAGCCGAGUCCAAGUGCUAGAGUCCCACCACGGCAAAAAGGUCACUCUCCUCUUCUCCUCCGGAGCCUUCGUCCGGGCUGACAUCAGUGACUGGGGCAUGAGCCUGUCUGUGCGGGCUCCUAGUGUGGACUACAGCCACACCCAGGGGCUCUGCGGGACCUUUGACCACAAUUUCACCAAUGACCUGCAAGGCCCCGAUGGUACAGCUUACAGCCCACAGGAGGUACUGCAGUUUGUGGAGAGGUGGAGGAUGGCCCCUGGGGAAAGUCUGUUUGACAGGACCCCUCCCCUUACUCAGAAGGAGGACCAUCAAAGGAGCUUCUGUCACUGCUCUGAUAGGUCCAGCAGCACUAUUCACACACACUGUUCUUCUCGUGAUCAUGUGGACUACACAUCUGUCUUCCCCUCCAUGGACACCACCCUGGAGUACCUGAAGGACACGCCUGAGCUUAGAGCCCAGUCUCUAGAGAGGAGGCACCUGUCUGACCCAUCCCCACAAGGAGGCGUUGAUGGAGAGAAGACAGAGGACCGGCUAAGGAGACAAGUCAUCCCUGACCUGACUGACCUAACCGCCCAGAGUCACAGCUUCUCCUACUUCUUCCCUGAGGAUCACUUAGCCUCACCUCGGCCAGCUGUGGAGAGCCACUGGCCCACCUCCAGUGGUCUGACCUCAGUCAAGGCCCUGGAGCUGUGCGAGCUGGCCCUGGUGAACUCCACUGUGGGCAGUGUGUGCAGAUUGCUGCUGGGCCGGCGCCUGGAGGAGGCUGUGCAGCUGUGCAUGCUGGAUCUGCAGCUCAAAGAUGACAUGUCCUGGGAGGACGCUCUGCUGCCCUAUGUGGAGAACGAGUGUGAGCGCAGGCUGCUGGAGGAUAGGGCUUACAGAGCUCUGGGGGAGGGGCCAGUGGGUGAGGGGGCUGUGGUCACAGCUCUGCGCUGUCCCAACCUCUGCAAUGGAAACGGGCUGUGUACAGAGGAAGGCUGUCAGUGCUUCCCAGGACAUAGUUUCUAUGACUGCAGUCUCACCAUCAGUCAGCCUGUGGAGAUCACUGACCUGGAGAACAGUGGACUGUGUGACCUGCACUUCUCAGACUGCAGCAGUGUCAGAGUCUUUGGCCUGGGCUUCAUCCAUUCUGCUGAGCUGAGCUGCCACACCACCAGACUCAUGUACACAAACGGAGCCUGGCUCCCUGCAGAGAGGCAGAGGACUAAGGCCACGUUCCUGAGCUCUAAAGUCCUGGACUGCUCUGUGCCUACUCUAAGCAGUUCCUCUGGGCACUCGGAGGACCCCCUGACCAGUGAGCAGCCCUAUGCACGCUGGGAGAUCAAGGUGACCAACGAUGGCUUCCAGCUGAGCACGGGCCAGGUGCUGACGCUCUAUGAUGGCGUGUGUCAGCAGUGUGAGCCCGGGACCACAGGACUCUGUAAGUUAAAGGAGGGCACCUGUAGCAUCGAUGGGAUGUGUUUCUCACAAGGAGACUCCAGCCCCAGCAGCCCCUGUCUCCACUGUGACCCACAGCUCUCCACCUCCACCUGGUCCUUCAAUCAAGGAAAUGAGGCUCCAGUCUUCCACCCGCACCAGCACAGGCUGCAGACUUUUGCAGGAGAGAACUUUGUUUUCCAGUUUGCAGCAUCUGAUCCUGAAGGUUCUGCUCUUCUGUUCCAACUGGACCAAGGUCCUCCGGGUGCCACACUGUCCCCGGCUGGGCUCCUGAUCUGGAAGGUCCCAUCAGUUGAUGAAGAAGAGACCCACUGGCUCCAGCUGAGCCUGUGGGAUGAGUGUAACGCACAGAGCCGUGUGACUGUGGAGAUCAGCCUGGGCCCCUGUGGCUGUCAGCACAGUGGGUCCUGUGUGACUGAUGUGCAGUACCCAGCAGGCAGGGGGCGCUACCUCUGUGUGUGCCCCCCCGGGAGGACGGGAGAGCGCUGUGCUGAGGCCCUGAAUCCAUGCCUGUCCUCCCCCUGCUCCUCGGGGGCCUGCGUCAGCACCCACACAGGCUACAGGUGUGACUGCCCCCCCGGUCUGACAGGGCUGACCUGUCUGGAGGAUGUGGAUGAGUGUAGCCGUUCACCAUGUUACCUCGGGGUCCAGUGCUUCAACACAUUUGGCUCCUUCCGCUGUGGCUCCUGCCCUCGUGGCACCAGGGGCAAUGGGACCAUGUGCACCGCUGAUGUAAAGCCAGUCUCUGUCCCCUCCACACCUGCUCCUCACACGACCACCUUCAGAAGACCACAUGUCCUCCUCCCACCUUCCAGACACCUGAGCACCCCCCUCCUGAGUACCCACAGAGUACCACUGACCUCUGGGAAGAAGAGUCCAGAAGCACACAGUGAGACUAAAAUAGAAGAAAGAACCAAAUAUCCGUCUGUAACUAAGUCCAAUUAUUCUGAGAAGACACAACAAACCUUCAUUGGGGUAACCCUGGAUAAAGGAGGUAAAAUGAAGUCUGGAGUGGUUUCUACAAAGGAAUUCAACAAUAUUAUCUCUCCUGAAACUCACCGAUCAUCAGGACUGCAUAGACCUAUUGUGGGCUCCAGUAUGCCUUUGAACGUGUCUGCGAGCUGUGCCAGUCGACCCUGCUUCCCUGGAGUGCAGUGCAUUGAUCGCAGACCUCCUCACGUGGGCUAUGUGUGUGGCCGUUGCCCCCCAGGUCUCCAUGGCAACGGGCGGGUGUGUGUCAAAGAUCCAAAAGCAGUACCCAAACUAGUCCCACACACAGUGCUCAAGCCUGGACCACCUGCAAAAGACCAGCCAAGCCAAGUGUCCCUGCUGCACCUGCCCUCUCUACCCCACAGAUACAGGCACCUGUCUCACACCUCUUCCAGACUCCACCGGACCAACGCCCUCUGGCCCACACCAGGGAGGGGAGGGGGCACUGGGAGGAGAGAAGUGGGACUGGUUCUGGCAGCCAACAGAUCUGUCCUGGUUACUGCACAAGAGCCCAACCUGAGGCCACACACCACGGACAGCAGCACCAGCCCAGAGGAGAAGAACACUAUUAGCCAUCCAAAUGCUCAUUUGCCCAAGCAACUGGAGACGGCAUCCAAGCACACCACACCUCCACAGGCACCCAGACCACAGACCCUCCCAAAGCCUGUCACAUCCCACACUAAAUACCACCAGACCCCUCUUCAUUCACCAAGAGCCGUGACUGAGGACCUGCGGGUUAAACCUCAACUACACAAACCACAGACAACUUAUUUCCAGACCUCCGCCCAGCCACCAAGACCCCUAACAGUGCAACCACGGACUCCACUACAAACUACCAGAUCUGUGUCUGAUCUCCUCCAUGCCCCCCUUCAGCCACCACAACCCCUGACAGAGGGCUUUCGAAAAGAGCUUCAACCACCCAGAGCUCAGAUAGAGAAGCGGCAAUUUCUAAGAACUCAGACAAAGCUUUUACAGUCACCCAUAACAAUACAUCCACAGACCUCCAUAGAGACCUCUAAAUCCCCAUCUGAUCACCUCCAUACUCCCCUUCAACGAUCACAACCCCUGACCAAGGACCUGCAAGAAGAUCCUCAACUACCCAGAGCGCUGAUAGAUAAACAGCAACCACCAAGAGCUCCGCUGAAACUUUUACAGUCACCAAGACCGCUAACAAAAAGUCCACAGAUCUACAUACAGACUUCUAGAUCUACGUCUGAUCACCUCCAUACCCCCCUUCAACCACCCAAAGCUCUGACAAAGAAGCUGCACACUCCUCCACAACCUUACACAUCCCUAACCGUGCUCCCACAGACCCCCCCACAGCCAGCUAGGCCUCUGACCACGGCUCUCUCUGCCCUGUCUCUUCCCCUGUCCCAGGCUUUGGACAGCUCUCAGCAGGUGGAAUUCUCAGCAGAUGGAGAAGAGGAAACGUUCAUUUACAGUGCAGAGUCCUACUUGCCUCUGUUCCCCAUGACCUCAUCAGUCAGUAGAGGGGUCAACAAAGGGGUCAACAAAGGGGGUAUCACCUGUGCCGAUCAGCCCUGCUUCUCCGGAGUGCAAUGCGUGGACAGUUCAGAUGGGAGCUUCCAAUGCCUAAGGUGUCCGGUCGGAUACACUGGGGAUGGUCAGAUGUGUAGAGCUGUUUGUAGACACUCGUGUGGGAGGAACAUGGAGUGUGCAGCUCCCAACACCUGCCGCUGUAAGACAGGAUACACCGGCGGCAGCUGUGAAACAGCUGUGUGUGACCCUGCCUGUGUGAAUGGUGGAGUGUGCAUUGCCCCUGCUGUGUGCCAGUGUCCCAGGGGGUUUCAUGGAGACUAUUGUCAGGAGGCCAUGUGCAAACUGCCCUGUGAAAACGGGGGCUCUUGUGUGGGACCCCAGAUCUGCUCCUGUCCCUUUGGCUUCGUAGGACCUCGUUGUGGAACAAUGGUGUGCAGUCAGCACUGUCACAACGGGGGGCGCUGUGUCUCACUGGACAGGUGUGAAUGUGCCCCUGGCUGGACUGGACCGUCCUGUGAGAGCGCCCUGUGCACUCCUGUGUGUCUGAACGGAGGUGUAUGUGUGCGCCCCGACACCUGCCUCUGCCCCCUGGGGUUCUACGGAGCUCAGUGUCAGAAUGCGGUGUGCAGCCCCCCCUGUAAGAACGGAGGAGUGUGUGUGAGGGAUGGCGUCUGCUCCUGUCCAAUAGGAUACUCCGGACCGCGCUGCCAGACAAGUGUGUGUGAGCCGCGCUGUAUGAACGGAGGGCGCUGUGUGGGUUUGAACCUGUGCGACUGUCCCUCAGGAUGGAGCGGCCACACCUGUGACACACCAAGCUGUGUGCAGAAGUGUCUGAACGGAGGAGAGUGUGUGGGGUCCAACACGUGUCACUGUCCCGUGGGGUGGGCCGGGCUCUUCUGCCAGACCCCUGUCUGUGAGAAGAGGUGUCUCUACGGGGCGCGAUGUGUCAGGCCGGGAGUGUGCAUCUGUCCUCCGGGACCUCGCGGAGCACUGUGCCGGACCCGGCUCUCCUCUGCUCACGGCUCAGCCACAGUGGACCAGAGGCACUGAACACUGCCCCCCACAGGCCUGAAGCUGACACGACCACAACCUGGUGGGCCUUCUCAAAGCCAAAUGUCCAUGGAAAGCUUCGUAAUCUACCAGUGGAGUAAGAAAACUGCACUUUAAAUAGAUCACAUUCAUCACAACAUUAUAAACUGUUCAUAGUUUAACAAUGAGUUGGAGAACAGGUCAGAUUACCACAUAAGGAAGCCUACUGCUGAAAUAUGAACUGGAACUACUGAAAUGGACUGUAUAAAUUAUUACUCAGUGCCACUCUGUCUGACCCUCUCCUCUGCAUCCUCUGCUACAUCUGACCCUCCCCUCUGCUACAUCCAACUCCUUCCUCUGCAUCCUCUGACCCAUCUGACCCUCUCCUCUGCUCAUGUCAUCUGCUCUAUCGUAAAUCUGUCACUGGAGGGAGGAUUAUAGGAUUUCAUCUGCUGCAGUUUUUUUAGAUUAUAUUUAUUCAGUUGUCACAAAUGUUCUGUAUAUAAGACAUGUCUG